AUGGAUCAGGAGCUGGAAGGAAACGUGAUGGAGGAUGAGAGCAUGAGAUUGGCAGCUUGGUUCUAUGGCAGGAGAACGGAGUUCGGCCCAAACGGCUGGGACGAGUUGCUGGGUGAAGUUGAUACCCACGUGGUCGAAGGCGCCGAUCUUUUCCGUCUAGCCUCUCCACCAUGUUGUCAAACCCACUGA